AUGCUGCACUUGAGCACACUCUCCAACGCACAGAAGGUCCAGAUCAGGAACGCCUUCAUGUUAAUUGACAGCGACUCCAAGGACUCCAAGAUCACCAAGUCUGAUUUGGUAAACGUCCACAAAACCUUGGGUGUGCCUGUUCCGUCCGAUAAACAGUUUGACGAAAUGCUCGGUGGCGAGGAGCUGGUCGAUUUCACCAAGUUCUCCCAGAUCAUGGCGCAGGAGUUUUCCAAAAUCGACGACAGAACUACGAUACACAAUGCCAUUCGUGUUUUUGCUAAAGGCGAGGAAACGCCGGUGCAGAUAGACGCCGAUAAACUAAAAGAGGCCUGUUGCUCGGUGCAGUUGGGUGAAAUAGGUUCAGGCGACCAUAGGCUUUCGAGGUCUGCGUUUGAUAAGCUCACCAAGGGCUUUGUGUCUGAGCAGAUGGACGGGUCCAAGGUGUUUUUGGCCGAAAAGUGGCUUGACGCUUACAUUGAGUGA